AUGUUUCAGAUGCCAUAUGCUAAUCAACCGAAUAUUGAUGUGACGGAAAUUACAAUUGACACAAUCAAGUUUGUACUCUCGAAUACGGAUCUGAGUGUCGCCAACUCUCUUCGUCGAGUUUUCAUAGCGGAAGUAGGUUUUAUUGUUAUAUUUUUCGAUUUUCUUACGGAGCUUCCAAAGCUAACUUGGCGCUCGUAGCGAAAAAGUUUCUCUCGUUCGAAAGCACGAGCCGAAUCGUAAGUAAACGCGGUAGAUCCCUUUGUGGUUAUUUGUUUUCGCCCACCCGACAAGAAAAUUACUUUAAAAGUUUAUUUUAAUUUGGAGGUUCGUCAGAAGGGCGGAGCUGCCCAAUCACAUUGAAAAUCCGCUACGUUUUACUGCGUUUCGUCUCGACACGGUGUUCCCAAACGGGGUGAGGAGACGUCAAAAAAAAAAAAUUUGGCGCGAAAUUUGAAAUCUACAGUACUUCAGCCGAAGGCGAUCGAACAAAAAAGUUAUUAACGUUUAAUACUCAGUGCAUUUUAUCCCUAGCGCGCACUAAAUUUUUUCUGUAAAUUCAGAAACUUUGACGCCUCGCUCACCUUACCUCACCCCCAUUAGAAAUGCCGUGCUCGACCCGUUGAACCAGAAAACUGUUUUGCUGGCCGCUUCAAAUUAGCUAUGAAAGCGUCAUUACAGAAUGUCAUGUUCAAAUAGAAUUUUAAAAAAUUUAAUUAGACAACAGCUGUUUUUUUCGUAUAGAUGACUUUCGUUUAAUACGCGAAAUUCAAUAUUUGGGAGCGUUCGGCAAUUUUAUGUUUUGUUAAAAGUUAUUGCGGGGAUUUCAAAGUUUUCAUCAGAGGGAGAAUAAAAUAACUAAAAUUUGAAGAGUCUGACAUAAUUUUUAAUUUCGUGGAGAUUUGAUUUGAACACGGAAUUGAUCUAAGUUUUGAAAUCGUGCGUAAAAGUCGCUCUAUCUUGUAGAAUUCAUUUUUUUUUUCACGGUCUUUGAAAAAAAAGGAAGAACACGCCAUUUUUUUCGAAACGCCAAAAUUACCUUGAACACGGAAAAAAGUUCACUUAUUUUCAAUGAGAGUUCUAAUUUGUUUCUCCGAUCUAAAAAAAAAACAUAAUUUCAAACUACACUCAUAGCUUUGAUCCCUGUUAUUCAUGUGAGGAUAGCUGAUUGAUAAAAUAAAGCAUGCUUAUCAGAAUUUAUCAGGGAUUAGUUUAAACGAAAACUCAUCAACGGGUUGUAAACUUCAAUCGAUCCCAGAUAUUUUCUCUAGAACAUUCCAGGUUCCGACAGUCGCGAUUGAUUGGGUUCAAAUCGAAACAAAUACCACGGUCCUACACGAUGAGUUCAUAGCUCACCGAAUGGGUCUCAUACCGCUGAUUUCGGAUGAGGCGAUUGACAGGCUACAGUACACGCGGGUUCGCGAUCUGUGUGCUACUCAAAUUCUAAUUUAAUUUUAUUGAGGACUGUGAAUGCACGGAAUUUUGUCCGGACUGUUCGGUUCUUUUCACUCUCUCCAAAAAGUGCACCGAUGAUCACACUCUUGCAGUUACUACAGAACACCUUCACAGCUCGGACGAGGUAAUCAAUCAUCUUUUGCAUAAGAUUAAAUAGAAAUGGAUGGGUUUGAGUAUUCCAUUCAAAUAUUUUUCUGGUGGUCACUAUUACUUUUUUCUCUCCGAAAUGAUUCACCUAAAGCACAAAAUUUUUCUUUUUUUUUCAGUUUUUGACAUAUUUUGGCUUACUUCCAUUCUCAAUUUUUCUCACUAGGGAACGUUUUUACCCCCGGUUGACCUUUUGCUGAACCUUUGAUAAAGUGUAGUUUAGGACCCUGAUUUCAGAACAAGAAGAAAAUUUAUCGCAAUAGAUUUCAUUUUCGAGUAGGACACUUCAAAAGCUCAAAAUAGCGCUUUUGUUCUGUUUUGCGGACUUUGAAGCUCCAUAACUCGUAAAAAAAGACCCAUUGCGAGGAUAAAUUUUUUUUUGUUUUGCAAUCAGGUGGUCCUAAAGAACACUUCAGCGAAAUUUCGCCAACUUUCAACCGGGGUGUGAAAAACGUUCCCUGAUUAAUGGAGUUUUUUUUUUUUUCUUUGUGAUUCUCAGUAUCGAUUCAACCUAGACCAUUAAAAACAUUGAAAUAGAUUUUUGAAUAGUUUUCUUCGUUUAUUUGAUCAAGAAGUUGAGAUUCUUAAGGGUUUUGUUUCAGUCAGUGUUUCCUGCUUGUGGGAGCUCAUCCAAAUCGCCGUACUUCAACGAAGAUGGCGCCAAUAGAGAUGAAAUUCUCAUUGUGAAAUUGCGUAAGGGACAAGAGAUCGAUUUGAAAUGUUACGCAAAGAAGGUUUGCCUUCUGUUCAGUUUGUACCAGUCCGAUUUCUUCGUAGGGAUUUGCUAAAGAACACGCCAAGUGGAACCCAACUUGUGGUGUUGGAUUUGAGUACGACCCGGACAACGCCUUGCGGCAUACCGUUUAUCCAAACGCCAGCGAGUGGCCAAAAGGCGAACAUUCUCAACUGGCCGAAGGAGACUACGAAGCGCCAUACGACCCGGAUGGCAGUCCUGAGAAGUUCUGGUUUACAGGUUUUCUAACAUUGCUUUGCUUCCACAAUGUGAAUGUUUUCCAGUUGAAAGCUCAGGAUCGUUGAGGCCUGUUAAAAUCGUCACAACUGGAAUAUCUGUUUUGAAGAAAAAAUUAGAAGAACUUCAGCAACAACUUCAGCAAGAGUUGAUGAAUCACGGACUCGGAAACUGA